AUGCCAAUUGUUGUACGCGACUGCAGUGGGAUGAGCACCGGCGAGAUUAGUGCAAAGGUAAGAGAGAUAGGAAAGCCGGUUCUUCUGAAAUUCUCUUCAGAGGGAUGUGCUCCGUGCGAAGACCUAAAGGAGAAGCUUGGGCAGUACCAAACAGACCUGGAGGUCAAUGUUUUGGAACUUCGAAGAACAAGAACAUCCUCCUACGCGGAUCUCUGGGACAAGUUUGACAUCACAGCAUUUCCAACAAUUGUGCUUGUAGAUAAAGAUUUGGAGGAGAUAAGGAGCACCGAUGAAAUAAACGGCAAAACUCUAAGCAGGAUCAUUGGCUCAAACAUCAAGAAAUUUGAAGAGCUCAUCAAUGGACACAGGAAUUUGUUUAAGCAGGGCUGUUCUCAAUAA